AUGUCGUCACUUUCGAAAUCAACCAACGCUCUAUACAACAAUACCAAUAGUAACAGCCCAACAAGCAACAGUCACGUUGGUAACAACCAUAACCUGCACAAGAGUUUAUAUGAGUCGCCGCGUAGUAGUCAUAGCCAUAGUAGUAGCGGAAGUAGCAGACAAGCGUCAACUGGUUCGUCCUACUCGCUCAUUUCGUCUUCAGAAAAGAUGAAUAACCGUCUCACGCCAAAAGCUGUAAGCAUCGCCCUGGCAGUCCUUUCACCCGCUUGUUUCUUGGCUACGGCAGCCUUACAACAACUACAAGUGGUGGAAAGCACGGUGUUGCCUUCACUGUAUAACUUUUUCCUAAGAAAGGAUAUACCAUUCGUGAUGAUCGGUGUGAUGUUCUUUUGGGUGUAUGUGCUCACGGCGUCGCUCAGUGUUGUGGCUCAAGCUGCUGGAUUGAGGAAUGGAUAUGAUAAUAAUGAACCCAGAUAUCACAAGUUAUCAAUACGAGGAGCCUUCGGAAGGAUGAUUGCGGCGCAUCAAGUUGCUUUAGAAACUGUUCCUGGUAUGGUAUCCUAG